UACUCUUUUGUACCCCGCUCUCAACACUACUCACCACCGCACACUCUUUCGUUCAUUUACAAUUUGCACGACGGCAUUAACACAUUUGUUAGUGCCGAUUGUGUGACAAAUUUUCUUUCAGAAAACUAUUAGGAAGUUUAGUUUGCAGCGUUCAAUCCAUUAUGUCAAAUAAGAAAUCAAAAAAGCAGAAAUGGAAGCCAAUAGAAACAGAAGUGAUUUCAAUAGCCAGUGGAACAUGCUGGGCUGAUGAAGUUGAAAAAGAACAAAAUGGAUUUAGUAGUUUUGGUUUUGAAGCUAAGCCUUUAAAUCUUCCGAAAGCUCCUAGAGCUGCUUGUGAAACCCUCAUAGAUGAGAGUACUGUACCUCAAGAAGGACCAUUCAUGGUUCAUAUGUCAAACUUGCAAUUUGAAAUCGAUGAAGAUGAUAUUACUAAUUAUUUUAAAGGUCUAAAGGUAGAAAAUAUCAAAUUACCGCGUAAUGAUAAUGGCCGCAACAAAGGAUUUGGAUAUGUUGAAUUUGAAGAACGGAAAGAUCUUAUUAUCGCUUUGGGAAUGGAAAAUCUGAUACGAGGUCGUCGAGUCCGUGUAGAACUUGCCAGUGGUGCACAAGACUCAAGAAAUGCCUUUCAACGAGGAAGUAAUCGAAUGGGAAUGGAUUUCAAAAGUGAUUCUCCCAGUGAUUGGCGUAUUAGAAAUUCAACUACAUCUGAUGAUAGAGGAGGUUUUACAAGAAGAAGAGAUGGUGGUGCUUUUGACAAAGAUCAUGAUAGUGAGAGAGACAGUGGUCCUUGGGCUAGGGGUAGUAGACGGAACUAUGAUGAUGAUGCCCCUAGUGGUAGAAGACCUUUUAGUGACCGUAGAACUGAUGACUUUGAUGGAAAUCGACGACCUUUUGGUGAUAGGCGUCAUGAUGAUUUUGAAGGUGGUAGAAGACCUUUUAAUGAUCGUCGAGAUGAUUCUGAACGUAAACCAUUUGGAGAAUCACGACGAGGUUUUGGCUUUAAGCGUGAAGAUGAUUUGCCUGAAAUCAGUACUUCUCCACCUCGGGAACGACCAAAGCUCAUUUUAAAACCUAAGACUGUUGAUUCAAAUGCUACUACGAAGACUGAUGAUUCCAAUUAUAUAGCUCCUCCAUCAAUAUUUGGAGGUGCCAAACCUGUUGAUACAGCAGCUAAAGAACGUGAAAUUGAAGAAAAACUUUUAGCCAAACACGAACCAAAAAUUCAGUUAUCUGCUGCUUCUUCAGUGAAUAGUUUAAAUGACCCUUCAGAUGAACAACAUCAAGAAGAAACUGAAGUUAAACCACCGUCACAUUCACGGCCUGUAGAAACAUGGAGACGAAGAAGUCCACGUCGUCAAAAUGAUGACCGUCCUCCAAGGCGAAGAACUUCACCAGAUAAAAAUCCUCACUAUGAAGAAGCUUCUCUUCCCAAAGAAAAUCUUAGGGAUAAAAGUAAUCAACAAAAGUCGGAUGAAAAUGAAUGUAAUGGAUUAUCUAUAAGUAUAGAUGAAAAUUCAUCAAAACCUAAUGUUUACAUUCCACCAAAUCUUCGUAAACAGGCAGUCAAAGAACAAUCUUUACCUGAUAGGGCAGCUGAUGGAUCAGAAAUUAUUGAAACUGCAGUUAUUGAAACACCUAAUGAUAUCCGAACUGAUCCUGAUGGUCAAUCUAGCGAAUCGGACUUAGUUAAAGAUCAAUCUUCAGAGAAUGAUAAAAAUGAUUCUGGUUUCAUAGAAUGUGGCAAAAAUGGUUUAGAUAAAAAUAAAUUUAAAAAACAAAAAACCAAAGUGGUUAAAAAAAUGUCUGAAACUGAUAUGAAAAAGAAAGAUCCUAUUGUAUCAAAAGAGCAAAAGAAAUCUACCAGCAAUAAAUUUGCAGCUUUACUUGAUGAUGGAUCCAACGAAUAAAGUAGCUGAUAUAAAAUGUAUUAUUUGUAUUAUUAAAAAAAAAAAAGAGUACUUAUAACUUAAGACUCUAGUAGCUAUCAAUUUUACAUACUUUUAUAAUCUCGUGUUUUGUACUGUAUUCAUACAUUUAUGUAGAACAUUGGUGUUUCAUUUUUUAUUUAAUUAAAAAUUCUAUUUAUGAGUUGCAGUGACGCUCUGUCUCUUGUUUUAUUACAAACACGGAAAAUUGACAGUCGAAGUCUGGCCCUAUAGUUAACAGAAAGAAUUUUUCUAAUUUGUACUAAAUUUUUGAGUCCAUAUGUUUUUGUGGUUUGUUGUCUACUUUGAUAAUAAGACUGCUUUAUUCAAUAGUGAUAUUAAAAGACUUAUUAUUAUUGUAAUAGACGCUCACUGAUUAUUUAUAAGACUAUCCAAGGUCGUGUCACUGCCAUGUUCUACUUUAAUGUUAGACUUGCUUGCUAUGUGUUUACAUUUUGUAGGUGAGAUGUUGCAAUAGGCAGUGGGAAUAUUUAUGUUCAAUUUUAAUUGUAAUAAUUUUUAAAACAAUUAAAUGCAUGUUUGUAACUAAAAAGAAAUUACUAUGACUUUGGUUUAGUAAUGUUACAACAUUACAUUAUUGUGUAUUUUGACACGUUAUAUAAAAAUUAUA